CAUCCUUCGUUACGUCCGCCAUUUUCUUUCUUGUUUUGAUUAGUGGGGGGAACCGGAAUAAAUCCACCAUCAUCUGGUUUAUUUGAGCUCAUUUUAGACGAUUAAGAUAUUGAGAUUGCAGUUCAGGCAUUCUUGUUAUGGCUGACACAGAUAAACUUAAUAUAGACAGUAUUAUAGCUAGGUUAUUGGAAGUAAGGGGAUCAAGGCCAGGAAAGAAUGUUCAGCUGACAGAGUCAGAAAUCCGUGGUCUCUGCCUGAAGUCACGGGAAAUAUUUCUAAGCCAGCCUAUAUUGCUGGAGUUGGAAGCACCACUGAAGAUUUGUGGAGAUAUCCAUGGUCAGUAUUAUGACCUGCUACGUCUGUUUGAGUAUGGAGGAUUCCCCCCAGAAAGUAACUACCUGUUCCUAGGGGACUAUGUGGACAGAGGAAAACAAUCCUUGGAGACAAUAUGCCUACUCUUGGCCUACAAAAUCAAAUACCCAGAAAACUUCUUCCUUCUCAGGGGCAAUCAUGAAUGUGCAAGCAUCAACAGAAUCUAUGGGUUUUAUGAUGAAUGUAAAAGACGAUACAACAUCAAGUUGUGGAAGACAUUCACAGAUUGCUUCAAUUGUUUACCCAUCGCAGCCAUCAUUGACGAAAAAAUAUUCUGUUGUCAUGGAGGUUUAAGUCCAGACCUACAGUCGAUGGAACAGAUCAGACGAAUCAUGCGACCUACGGACGUUCCUGAUCAAGGUCUCCUGUGUGAUUUGCUCUGGUCUGAUCCAGAUAAAGAGACCAUGGGAUGGGGAGAGAACGAUAGAGGAGUGUCUUUCACAUUCGGGGCGGAAGUUGUUGCCAAAUUUUUACACAAACAUGAUCUUGACCUUAUUUGUAGAGCUCAUCAGGUGGUAGAGGAUGGAUAUGAAUUCUUUGCAAAACGACAGCUUGUCACACUUUUCUCUGCACCAAACUACUGUGGUGAAUUUGACAAUGCAGGUGCUAUGAUGAGUGUUGAUGAGACACUCAUGUGCUCUUUCCAGAUACUUAAACCUGCAGACAAAAAGAAAUUUCCAUAUGGCGGACUAAACGCAGGCCGACCAGUCACCCCUCCCAGGGGUCAGGCCAAAGGCAAAGGAAAAAUAUAAGAGACCUUCAGCAUCAAGUUUUUAGUGUAGCUCUGACAACACACAGAAAUGUAUACACCAUAUCACAGAUUCAUAGAAUUUCACCGUACUCAUCUGACAGCAACAUAACUUGGCUUAUUUACAUGGAACGGUUCAGUGAAACCGACACAGAGUUGUCAUUCUUGGUGAAUACAUUGUGAUUUAAGCUCGGUCCUGGCAGUCCGGACAUAGGGGAUUAAUCAUUUGUUUAUACAUUAUACACGUGUUGUACAAUUGAGGGUUAAAAUUUCGCAUAACUGUAGCUUUGUGUAGUGUAAAGUUUUGUAAUAUGUAGAGCUAGGAGCAAACCCUCAAUAGAAUCUGACAUUAUUAAUAGUCCGUCAGAAAUGUGGACCUGGUAUGAGAAAGCAGAUGGUUGAAUUCAGUAUAUUUUAUUAUAGUGAAGGCUUGGGCUCUCCUGCUUUCUCACAGGUCCUCACUUUCUGCUGUGUCUUUAUGAACUGAGAUCUUGUGAAGUUGAUGUUGUACUCAGUACAUGUAGAUAAAUCUGUACACGUUUGUAACUUUUAUCCUAAAUAUAAAUCAAUAUUUUAUUUUCUUUGUAAAUAAUUUUCUUCUCAGUAUUUAUUGUAUUAACUGCAUGGUAAUUUUACUGCAUUCCUGGAGUAACCUGUGUAUUAACAAGUGCACAAUGAAAUUAAAGGUUAGCCAAAUUACAUGAAAUGUAAGAUUCAUCUCGUGUUAAUUAUCAUGUCCUACAGUAUAUUAAGCAACAUGUAUGGAUGUACUUUGCCGUUGAAAGAAAAUUUUUAUUAGUAUGAUGGAAGAACAAAUAAACAAUGUUUUCUA